CGCCGGAAGCGGCCGUGCGGAAGCGGAGCGGCCAUGGAGCUGAGCGAGAUGCUCUACAACAAGUCUGAGUACAUCGAGACGGCCUCCGGUAACAAGGUGAGCCGGCAGUCCGUGCUGUGCGGCAGCCAGAACAUCGUCCUCAACGGCAAGACAAUAGUCAUGAACGACUGCAUCAUCCGCGGUGACCUGGCGAACGUCCGGGUUGGCAGACACUGUGUGGUGAAGAGCCGCAGCGUCAUCAGGCCACCCUUCAAGAAGUUCAGCAAAGGGGUGGCUUUUUUCCCUCUCCACAUUGGUGAUCAUGUCUUCAUAGAAGAGGACUGUGUGGUCAAUGCAGCCCAGAUCGGCUCCUAUGUCCACAUAGGCAAGAACUGUGUCAUUGGCCGCAGGUGCGUUUUGAAAGACUGCUGCAAAAUCUUAGACAACACAGUCCUACCUCCUGAAACAGUCGUCCCACCGUUCACGGUGUUCUCGGGCUGCCCAGGGCUCUUCUCUGGGGAACUCCCUGAAUGCACCCAGGAGCUCAUGAUUGAUGUUACAAAGAGCUACUACCAGAAGUUCCUGCCACUCACGCAGGUUUAAAACUGGCCUCCCACCUGUUGUAGUUAUAGCAGCUGAGGCUGGGAUAUGUAUUAGUGAUGCAGAAGGUGCAUGGUUGCGACACCAGCAGCCCUGAGCCUUCAACCAUUUACAACAAAGUGCUGAUCCACCUCAAGCAGCAACAGCUGGAUCAGCGUGCAGUAACCACGGUUAAGUGUGCAGCCACUGACUGCUCUGUUUGUAUUGUUACUGUGUGUAAAUUAAAGCCUCUCAGUUGUUCAAGCCAUG